AUGGACAGCAAAAUGGAGCCGGUCAAAACCACUGACGAUUCGGAGAGGAUGGUAAAUUCGACAGAGGACACCUACGAAGAUGACCCCGUGGACACCAGAUGUGGAAUUGGGGGAUGCAAGCCAAGAUGGCUGCAGAAAUUUGCAACUGUCCAAGGUUUUGUCGGAUUCGGUGCUUUGUCCAACCUGGUCACGUUUUCGCUGCGGAUGUAUCUGAUUUCGCAAGUCACUACGUUGGAGAAACGUUUCGGUUUCAGCAGUUCCCAGACUGGUUUCAUUCUGAGCUCGUCUCAAGUCUCGUUUGUCAUCUGCAUCCUGUUUUUCUCACAUUAUGGGCGUCAUUCUAACAUCCCUAAAAUUCUUUCCGUGACGGCGUCCAUUGUCGGUCUCACCGGAUUACUUUUUAGCUCCGCUCAGUUCCUACCCAUGGAAAAGCAGAGCGUCAUGGCGGUGCAGAACCAGAGCCUUCAGUCGAAGGCCGCAAAUGUUUCCAGUGGAACUUGCGAAUUUGCCACUAAGUUUGACUCUGGCGUGAAUAUGAAAUCUACUUGCGAUGCACAGGCUGAUGAAAGCUCGUACACUAGUACAGUUGCCAUGGCGAUAUUUCUGAUCGCCAUGUUAAUUCAAGGGGCAGUAACCGCACCGCGUGCUCCGCUGGGUGGCACUUACUUGGACGAUAACAACCCCGUUCCAGUAAACAGUGGAAAAUAUGUCGGCAUAAUGAUGGGGAUCCUCACUUUAGCUCCUGUCUUAUCAUUCGGCAUGGGUGCCAUCUCCAGCGGUAUUUUCCAUACCCUCGAACCGACGGAACUGGGCCCCCGUGACCCCAGAUGGAUCGGGGCCUGGUGGCUAGGCUUUAUCGUGCUCGGGAUUCUCUCCAUCAUCACUGCAUCUUUCGUCUACUGUUUCCCACAAAAGCUGAAAACACACAUCGUCAAGAAGAAAGAGGAGCGACUGGGCGAGGAAAGGAAGAAAGAGGGUGCAAAGUCUGAGAAACCACAGGGCUGGGUGGAGAGCGUGAAAAACAAUCUUAAAGGUCCGUUUUUUGGUGCAUUCCGUCUUUUGAAGAAACCUGUUUUCUUGGCCGUCGCCUUGGGAGGCACGUUCAACACAUGUGCAUUCCUGGGCAGUGCCUCCUUCGCAACCAAGUACAUCGAGACACAGUUUUAUAUUCCGGCUUACAAGACAAAUCUUAUGCUUGGCGGCAUAUCUCUACUAGGAAGCACUCUGGGACCUGUCUGCGGAGGUUUUGUGACGUCACGGUUUAAGUUGACCACGUCAGGGAAUCUCCGCGUACUGCUUGUCGUGUCAGUCAUUCUGACGGCCUUGUGUCCUGUCGCCAUGUUCAUCAACGGGAAACAAACGACCCUUGUCCGUAACGACCUGCCGGGGAUGUCCGGACAAUCAAUCGCCUCCAACUCCAGUUGUGUGGGAAACUGCCUGUGCCUAAACGAUGAAUUCAGACCAGUGUGCGGUUCUGAUGGGCUCACGUAUUACUCCCCGUGUCAUGCAGGAUGUUUCUCGCGUGCCAACAGGACUUACUCUGACUGCGCAUGCGCCAACGGAACAGCCACGGCGGGCUUCUGUGCCCCGGAGGAUUCGAAGGUGUACGUGCUUCUGAUGUACUUCACUCUGACGUCAUUUGUCAUCACGUUCACAGCCAGUCCCACCUUCAUGAUAUUUGUCAGGAGUGUUUCGGAAAACGAUAAGGCUUUAGCGCUGGGGCUUUCGGCUUUCAUGUCCACACUUCUAGGUCACUUCCCCGGUCCAAUACUCUACGGAUACAUCGUCGACACAAACUGCAUUCUCUGGCAAGGAAGUUGCUCUGGUAGAGGCGCAUGCGCUCUGUACAACCUAGCUGGUCUCCGGUUCAAAAUAUUCGGGACAAAUAUGGUGAUGUUCGUAUUCUCGGGAAUCUGCGCGUUCCUCGCUUUGAUGCAUCAUCAAAAGAAACUUCGGGAAAAUCCACAAAAGGCCGAGUACAAAGCCGUGAACUUGGCACCAGACGCAGAACAACAAUUGUGAAACUGAGAACCCUCCGAUCAGGAUCCAGAAACAAUUAGAAAGCUAAUCCACUGAGAGAAAAAAUCUCAGCUAGACUCCAUCCAGUUAGGCAUUUUUCUCUUGUAGUCUUGUAAGGCCUUCAAGUACGACGUAAAACCCAUGCGUACAUACACAGACAUAAGGUCUUUACUAGCUCAUUCAGCUAUACUGUCAACGUUCCUCUCGCCCAUUCCGGUCGAACUCCGGACACUGGCGUCCCAGGUUCGAAUCCAGCUCUCGAUAAUUCGUCCACGUCAUUGUUUUGUAGGGUAGACUACCUAGUGAAUUCAGGGUGGUGAUGUACACAAAGCACUCUGGGGCUUUCUUUCUCCAUCAAUUGUAUUAUUAACACAUGUUUUGGUAAAGUUAACAGA